UCUUUGACUUAUGUAGAGUCUAGAUUAAGAUUCUAAACAGAUCUGGAUCUAUCAUUCUACGCUGAUAUCCCACACGAUAGAAGAUGGCAACUGGAGGUGGUCCAGGAGGAGGCUUUGGGCGAGGAGGUCGGGGUGCUGCAAUCCUUCAGGCACUUGCAAAGAGCAAUGAAGGAUCUAAAAGACCUGGAAUAAGUGAAGAGGAUACUGUCUUUAAACCACUGCUCCCUCCAUCACUGAUGUCACCCUCAUCACAACCCCCACUGCCCACGGUCCCACUGGGUCGUGGAGCACUUCUGGCUCGACUUCAGCAAACAAGGAGUGUACAGUCUCUGCAGUCAGAGGAUCAACAGUUACAACCAUCUGUGAUAAGCGCUAGUAUUACAGCAGCUGGUGAUGCUCCUAAACCAAUGGGUCGUGGCUUGGGCGCCAUGAUGGCACUUCUAGAGCAGCAUAAAAAACAACAAGGUCCAACUGGUUUGGGCAGAGGGUUGAGUGGUCAACAUAUGUCACAUGUACAUCAGAGCAAACCAUCAACCCAACAAGGAGAUGCUGCAAGCACAACAACCGAGGCAUUAGUUGACAGGCUUACACAGGUGCAUGUUAGUGAAGAUACUGAAAAGACUGCUUUCGUUCAUAAAGAAAGAAAAAGACUACCAACGAUUACAAUGAUAGGAGAUGAAGGCACCCCUACACCUCUGUCGUCCAAUUAUGUUAGGAUUAUUUGCAAAAAUCCCGGUGUCUAUCUGUAUAGUGUUCAGUUUUCUCCUCAUAUUGAGAAUAGAAGACUUAAAUCAAAAUUACUGAGUGAACACAAACAUCUCUUCAAAACUAUCAACAGUUUUGAUGGGAAUAUUAUGUACUUGCCUUAUGAACUACCAGAAAAGGAAACAAGAGUAACAUCACAACGACAGACAGAUAAUGAAACCAUCCAAAUUACAGUAACUUUUGUCAGAUCUGUUCCACCUGAACAGUGCUGUCACUUAUACAACAUUGUUUUCAGAAAAAUAAUGUACAUUCUGGAAAUGUGUCAAGUUGGAAGAUAUUAUUAUAACCCUCAUACACCAGCAAUAGUCCCACAACACAAACUAGAGGUUUGGCCAGGAUACAUCACAGCUAUAAAAGAGCAUGAAGGUGGACUUAUGCUGUUAUUAGAUGCUUCCCACAGAGUCCUGCGAACUGAAACAGUUCAUGACAUUAUGGAGAAGGCAGCAAUUACAAAUCCUCAAGGAUUUCGUGAAGAAAUCCUAAAGAAAGUUGUUGGUUGUACUGUGUUAACCAGAUACAACAACAAAACCUACAAAGUUGAUGACAUUGUUUGGAGUAAAACACCAUUGGAUAGGUUUGAGUGUAAAGCAACUGGAGAAAGUAUGUCAUUUGAAGAAUAUUACAGGAAACAAUAUAAUAUAGUUAUAAAGAAUAGGACUCAACCACUCUUGUUAAAUAAAAGAAAGCCACCUAAAGGAGCACCACCUAACUUCAAAUUGGAGCCAGAAUUUUUAUGCCUGAUACCAGAACUAUGUUACAUGUCUGGUUUGACAGAGGACAUCAGAUCACAAUUCACAGUUAUGAAAGAUUUAUCAGCUCACACCAGGGUGACUCCAGCCCAAAGAACUCUAGCUAUGAAAAAAUUUAUUCAAAGUGUUAACAGUAAUCCUCAAGCUAAGGCUGAACUGGAUGUGUGGGGUCUUGUGCUUGACAAUUCAACCAUUUUAAUUGAUGGCAGAAUUCUACCAAUGGAGAAAAUUAUAAUGGGUAAAAAAGAAUUUACUGGCGGACCACAGGCAGAUUGGUCACGUGAAGCUUGUAGGAAUGAACUCUUGUCAACUGUAAACCUCCUCAACUGGGGAAUGUUCUACACUCGCAGAGAUGCCGCCAAAGCAAAUGACUUUAUCAAACAUUUGCAGGCUGAAGCCAAAAAUAUGGGGAUCAGUUGUAAUGUUCCCUUCAGGAGAGAGUUGUCUAAUGAAAAAAUUGAGACACUUGUGCAAGAACUUAGGAAUUCUAUAAAUGAAUCGGUCCAGUUAGUUGUGGUUAUAAACCCAACUAACAGAGACGACCGAUACUCUGCCAUAAAAAAAGUGUGCUGUGUUGAAACGCCUGUACCGUCACAGGUGAUCAUAGCAAGGACCAUCUCCAAACCUGAUAAGGUUCGGAGUGUGGCACAAAAAAUUGCACUGCAAAUUAACUGCAAACUUGGUGGUGAGCUUUGGUCUGUUAAAAUUCCAAUGCAAAAAUUGAUGGUGAUUGGAAUUGACACCUACCAUGAUGCCUGUAAAAGCAAGCAAUCUAUAGGAGCAUUAGUUGCUAGCACAAAUCGUUCUUGUACAAGAUGGUAUUCAAAGGUUUGCUUUCAACGCCCUGGUCAGGAACUAGUGCAUGGUCUCCAAGUUUGUCUGAUAGCCGCAUUAAAAAAGUAUUAUGCUGAGAACCAUUUUCUACCAGAGAAAAUAGUGAUCUUUCGAGAUGGUGUGGGUGAUGGUCAGCUGGAUGUGGUUGCUGACCAUGAGGUCAAGCAGCUGCAGCGCUGUUUUUCCAGUUUUGGUGGUGAAUACACACCACAGUGCUCAACCGUGAUUGUCCAAAAAAGGAUUAACACAAGAAUAUUUUCAAAGGAAAGAGAUGGCAGUGUUAGUAAUCCUCCACCUGGAACAGUGGUUGACCAUUCCGUUACACGCAGAGAAAGGUAUGACUACUUCAUUGUGUCCCAGCAUGUUAGACAGGGCACAGUGAGCCCAACUCAUUACAUUGUUGUUGAGGAUGGUUUGAAUCUGAAACCAAGCCACAUGCAGAGACUCACCUACAAAAUGACUUACCUGUACUACAACUGGCCAGGCACUGUUCGUGUUCCUGCACCAUGUCAGUAUGCUCAUAAGCUUGCUUAUCUUGUGGGGGAGAGCAUCCACAAAGAACCAGCGGAAUGUCUUUCAGACAGAUUGUUCUUCUUGUAACUGUCUGAGUUUUACUUUGUAUUUUAAAAAUGGCUGGAAUGACUCAGUAUAGAAUUCUCUUGCAUUUACAUAUAUUAAACACAGUAUCAUGAAUGUGCAGGUUAGUGGGUGCUCUUUGCAAUGUUUAAACAAUAACUUUUCUUCCCAUAUAAGUGUUGGAUGGUUUUUAUUGAUGUACUUGACAAUAUAUUUGAAGUUUGUGUGUGGAGUACAAAUAUUUAUAACACUAGAUAUGGUGUUUUAGUUGUAAAUAAUAUUUUAUUUUUGUUAUUGACUCUAAAGCAAAAAUGAGUUGGUGUGUAGUGUACAUAAACUUUUAUUUAGGUAUGUAAAUAUUUUAAUAAGGUUUACACUGCUUAAAAUAAUUUAUUGCAUUGGAUGUAUCAAUCAUUAAUCCAUUUUGUGUUGUUGAGCUACAUCACAAAAAUAUCUUCAUUUAUGAAAUUUCCAGUUAAAGUAAAAUGGCAUUUCUGGUCAAUUCAGAAUUAUUUUCAUGGAUUCUUUAUAGAUAAUAAUUUAGUUGUGAAACAGUUCUUGUACACUAAUUUGUUUCUUAGUUGUUUUUAUGUACUUCUAUGUAUAAAUGCGGGGGAUGCAGAUUGUUAAUUCAAGAGGCAUUUUAGCUGUUCUACUAAUCUCAAAUGGCUGCAAAAUUUUGAAAAUAUAUUUAUGCAUUUGGCUUUGUUUUAAAUAAGCUAUUUCCGAUUUGCGUCAAUUAUUUCUGGGUGUAAAAAAGUCAUUUUCAUUUAGUUUAUCUAUAAAUUACAAAAAAUUGGAUAUGAUUCUGUUUACUUUGAGUCAACACGUUUGUCAAGAACGUCCAUGAUGAAUUUUCUCUUAUUUUGGUUAUAGAAUCUUACAUGAGAGAUCAUAAGACCUUGAUUGUUUUAAUGUAGAUGAUUUUCAUUCUGUAUAAAACCUAGUGCUGUGCAUUUUUACUGGUACAUUUUUUUUACAUAUGAGAAAUCUGUAUAUUUUGAGUAAUGGCCUUACUGCUGGAUGAGUUUUAGUAAAUACACAUUUUACUGAGCACAUCAAGAAAGGGAGUUAACCACAGUUUAUUUUUAGCCCUUGGCACUGAUAUUUGUUUUGAUAUUUGCUAAGUUACUUGGUCAUCUAGUGCCUUUUUAAAAAAAUUAUGUUGUUUUCUUUUUUAAUCUCUUUUAAGGUAGAGGAAACUAGCUCGUAUCUC